CGCCGGCUCGAGCGGACACGCGGCGGGAGCCGUUCCCCGACGGUGAGCUGGGCGCUCGCCGCCGCCUUUGGACCGAGCGCCGCGGCGCUACUGCCCCGAAGCCCUCCGGAUCUUGAGGUGGUAGGGGGCUGAGAAGACUAGCCGCGUGGAGGGUCUGAACUCGGGCCCCGGGAUGUGAGGCGGCGGGGGCGCUCGGACUUGGGGUCGGACUCCGGGAAAAUUGAGGAGAGGAAGAGUAGCACAGGGGUGCGUCGGCACAGAUCGGUCAGGCUCCCGCAGGGCCGCACGAACGUCAAGGUCUUUGUGAUAAUGGAAACCAAAAAAUUGAUUGGUAAACCACUUCAACCAGCAAGACCUGUUCAUCAUCUGACUUCUAACCCUGGAAAACUAUCUCCACUUUGAUCAUGUUUCCUCUGAAGAUGGCUGUGAUUUAGGACAAAUGAACUUAAAGGAUCUUCUGGACCAUAGCUUAAAAAUGCCAGUGUCAUAUCCUUCUGGUGCGCUGAAGAAGCAGUCGUACAGGGUCAAGUAUCAGAUUUUAUCCUAAAGGGAAGGAUGCAAAGCCAUUGGCAGCAGCUUCAUUCUGUGACCAGCCUUUUUACAGCAUACUCCCUCCCUCAUCUGUACAGAUUCAGUUUUUCACCAGUCCUUUCCUUCCAGGCUGUUACAGGGGUACAUGGAGGAGUAGUAUUCCCUUUCAACUUUCAAAAUGAAUAUCCAUGCAACACCCAAUGCUUACAAACUGGAGUUAGCAAAAUACUUCCAGAAAUAGAUGAUGCAUGCACAAAUUGUAAGACAAAUGGAAUGCAAACCUUUUCUCAAGGUCCUAAUGAACAACAGCAACAUCAAUCUGUAGUUAAAAAAGAGAGAAUUAAAUACAGCAGAGAUUUCCUGUUGAAGCUCUCAAGUGUUUCUGUCUGCAGAAAAAGACCAGACUUUCUGCCUGAUCAUCCAGUUGUACUUCAAAAACCAGAAAAUGACCAAAGUUUUAAGUAGCAUUUUAAGAACAGAUGAAGAUGAAGAAUUAUCCAUUUUAUAUUUUGGAUACCUGCAAAUAAAGUGGAUCUAGUAAUUAUAA